GUAACUUUCUGUCUCUUCUUCUACUUUCCUCCUUUCAAAGAUUCAAAAUUUAUUAUUUGGUCUGAAGCAUAAGCGUUUCAGAGAAAACCAGAAAAUAUAUGUACACACAAAAACACAUAAUCCAUAAAGAUCUCUAGGUGAUAACCCUUUUCUGAUUUUCUUUGGAAAAGAAGUGAAGAUGGUUUUCAAACUACAAAGAGAAGAAGAAGAAGAAGAAGAUAGAGAACCCCUCAUGAAUGGCAGAGUGGUGGUGGUGGAGUACUUGGAGUCGUCAAUGUCUCAAGAGCUUCUCUGCAAGUUCCCAGACAACUCGGCCUUCGAUUUUGACUAUACCCAAAGUUCAAUUUGGUCCCCUUUAGUCUCUCGUCACUUCCCUCCCAUUGUCUCCAUCAUUGGCCAUGGUGAUCGUGGUAGCUCCGAUGUCCUCCAAAUGGUGCCAAUGGAAUUUGGUAUGUCAACACACAGAAAGUUGUCCUAUGAGGAGGAGAGAGAUGGAGUAUUGGACAAUAUUAGUAGCACUGACACUUUCAUGAAGAAAGUGACCACUAAUCUCAAGAAGAAGAUCACCAACUCUGUCUCCAACAAUCUUCGCAAUCUCAACAAUCACUACAUGAAGAAGAUGAAAAGGAAGAAGAAGAAGAAGAAGGCAUUUGAUUUCUCUCCAAACCCUCCUUCUGCUAAGGGGUCUUCUACUACCCCAACCCCCCAAAAGGGAUGGGCUAAGGUGCUGAAAGCUGCCUCUAAACAUUUUAAGAAGAAGAGUCAGAAGAAAGAUUGUGGUGCCAAUUAUAUAACACAACCCAACUAUUUCAGAGAUGCAAAUUUCUGAUUACUUUCCCUUUUCACUUCUGCUUCUUCCUCCUCUAUACUAUUCUUUUAUUGUUAUUUUGGUACUUCUCUUAUGUUUUUUUACUGAUAUGUAAUCUGCAAAUUCAUCAUAUCAGCAAUAUUAUUGACUCUGGUAUUUAAAGUGUUUAUUGUUUCUAUUUGCAUCAUUCAUCACAUUAUAAAAUAUAGUCAAUACCAAUUCGUACUAGAAGGAGGAGCACUUGCCCCUUGAGCAUUAUGAGACCAGAGUAAUGACGUUUUUUUUAUCAAUUCCUAAUAAGUGCAUCUUCAGACCAGAGUAUUUACUUCACUGUUGACCAUCAAUCUUUACUCUAUCUUCAUUUGUAUCCUAGUUUAGGAAAAAGCUAUAUAUUUCAUAUAUUAAUGUUGGAACCUCUAAUUUAGACCUUAUCCGAAUUA